AUGUUCACCAAGGCAUUCGUCCUCCUCGCCAUCGCCUCCCAGGCUUUUGCCACCGUCUUCAUCACCAACCCAGUCGCGACGAGCACCCUUGUCGGUGGUGAAGAGGCUACCAUUUCCUGGAUUGAGAGCGGCGGUGGCCCCUCUUUGGAAGAAUUCGGUCCUGCUCGCAUUUCCAUCUACGUUGGUAAUGCUCAACAGCAGACUGGCCUCCAAGUUAUCGCUGAAGAAGUCGAUGUCUCGACUACUUCAUCCGUCAGCUUCACCGUUGACCCCAGCAUCGGACCCGACAGCGAUGAAUACUUUAUCCGUGUCGAGUCUCUCAACCUCAGGGACGAGGAACAACCUCAAUACCCUGCUCUCGCUUUCUCUGCCAAAUUCACCCUCUCCGAGAUGACUGGUGUCUUCACCGCUGAAAUCCUCGACCAAAUCGCUGGCCAAUCCACCGCUCCUCUCGCCCUCCCCACCGCUGCCGCUGGUGACGCCUCUGCCAUCUCCACUCCCACCGGCUCUGGUGCCGUUCGAGCUGCCUCUGCCGCCAGCGACUCUGCUCGUCCCACCAGCUCUGGCGCUGACGAUGAGGAGGAUGAUGAUGAGGAUGGUGCUGCCUUCACCAACUCGAAAGUGGUUACAUUGAGUGCUAGAACACCCAAUGCUCAGGCAUGGGCUUGA